GCACCUCCUGCUGUGAUGGUUCGCCGUCCGUCAUGCGCCGUGUCAUCGCCCUGUUCACAGUCAUCGCUCUCGGCUUAGCUGGAGUGUCCCGCGGCGCCAUCAGUCCCCGGCGCCGCGUGACAGACACGCUCAUGCUGGACAACGGCGUGGACGCGGGCGACUGGGGCCUCGUCGAGUACUGUGAGGACGGAAGCUUCGCCACGGCCUUCGAGGUCAAGUUCGAGCCAUACAGCCUGGUCGACACAGACGAGACCGCCAUUAACGCCGUCCGCCUCUACUGCAGCACGCUCGACCACAUCCUCACCGGCUACGUCCAGUCUGUCGAGGGGAAGCACGGGGACUGGUUAGGCAUGAGGCACUGCAGCACAGGCUUUGCAACGGGCAUGCGCGCUAACGUCCUCGAGCACCAGGGGAUUUUCGGGGAUGACGUCGCCGUCGAGAAUGUGGAGCUUGCCUGCGACGACGGGAAGGAAGUCAUCACGGGGGUCAUCGAGGAAGCGAAGAUCCCUUAUGGAGAAUGGAGCCUAUGGUCUCGAUGUAGUGCUGGCUCGGGAGUGUGCGGCAUUCAGACACGUUUUCAAAAUGCUGGGCUCGGUGACGAUGCUGGUGUGACAGACAUCUCCAUGUACUGUUGUUCCUUCAACGGUACAAGGGUUCACUAAGGCUGGUUUAAGUUCCUGAUUUCUGUGGCCUGGAUGUGCAUUUAAAUAUAUCGUUUUAUUCGG